AACGGCUCACAUUCACUCUCAUCCCCUUUAUAAACUCCCCUUCCUCUCCUCUCUUCCCUCGUCGUCUGCUUCUCGCUUUAAUCCUCGCUUUUCUCCGCCAUCAACCACUUCCUCGUUUUCUCAAGGUUGUAGAAGAUGGCAGAGGGCGAGGAUAUCCAACCCCUUGUUUGCGACAAUGGAACAGGAAUGGUUAAGGCUGGAUUUGCUGGGGAUGAUGCACCACGAGCUGUGUUUCCUAGCAUCGUCGGUCGGCCUCGGCACACCGGUGUAAUGGUUGGUAUGGGCCAAAAAGAUGCAUAUGUUGGUGAUGAAGCUCAAUCAAAAAGAGGUAUUUUGACGUUGAAAUACCCUAUUGAACAUGGUAUUGUUAACAACUGGGAUGAUAUGGAAAAGAUUUGGCAUCAUACUUUUUACAACGAGCUUCGUGUUGCUCCGGAAGAACACCCCAUUUUACUUACCGAAGCCCCUCUUAACCCUAAAGCAAAUCGUGAGAAGAUGACCCAAAUUAUGUUUGAGACCUUCAACGCACCUGCUAUGUAUGUCGCCAUUCAGGCCGUGCUCUCUCUUUAUGCCAGUGGUCGUACCACCGGUAUUGUGUUGGAUUCUGGAGAUGGUGUUAGCCACACGGUCCCUAUAUACGAGGGUUAUGCCCUCCCGCAUGCUAUUCUUCGUAUCGACUUGGCUGGCCGUGACCUCACCGAUAACCUUAUGAAAAUUUUGACCGAGCGUGGAUAUUCAUUCACAACCACAGCCGAGCGGGAAAUCGUGAGGGACGUGAAGGAAAAGCUAUCAUACAUUGCUCUGGAUUUCGAGCAGGAAUUAGAGACCUCUAAAACAAACUCAUCGGUAGAGAAGACUUACGAGUUACCCGAUGGUCAGAUUAUUACCAUCGGGGCCGAGCGUUUUAGAUGCCCUGAAGUGCUUUUCCAACCAUCGAUGAUCGGUAUGGAAGCUGCAGGCAUCCACGAGACAACUUAUAACUCGAUAAUGAAAUGUGACGUCGAUAUUAGGAAAGACUUGUACGGUAACAUUGUACUCAGUGGUGGUACAACUAUGUUCCCCGGUAUCGCUGAUAGAAUGACCAAGGAGAUCUCGGCUUUAGCUCCUAGCAGCAUGAAGAUUAAGGUUGUUGCUCCACCUGAGAGGAAGUAUAGUGUCUGGAUUGGCGGUUCGAUCUUGGCUUCCCUUAGCACAUUCCAACAAAUGUGGAUCGCCAAGGCAGAGUACGAUGAAUCGGGUCCAUCAAUUGUCCACAGGAAAUGCUUCUAAAUGUUUUUCGACAUGAGCUUUGUUCUAUCAACAUAUGUCGGAUAGAACGAUCAAACAUUAGAGAAAGAGAAUUGGAAUUUGUGUGGACCAAUUCUUUCCAUUCUUUUUAAUGAGAAGUUGGUGUUUUUACCAUCUA